GCCGCAAUUUGUCGUCUGUGCUGCACUUUCUUCGCCCUGCAGCUCCCGUAUGCUUCGAUAACUUCCCUACGCCCAGGAAGCUGUAGCGCUCCAGGCCACACAGUAUGUCCAAACAAUAUCUCACCCUCCAUACGGUCAACGAUGCGCACCCAAAAGCGAGUGAUGUAUUCGCAGUUGCGCCCACAUCCACACAGCUCCUUUCCGCGUCCGGUUCGUCGUCCAUAAACGUCUAUGAUACAACGCAGCCCGAGUUCCCGCUCGUGCAGACCCUCGACAAAGCCCACCCACUGGGCAUCCACCACCUUGUCACUGCCAAAGAGUCCACCGCCCGUCGCGCCGCAAGUGCUGGCUUUGAAGGCAAGGUCAAGGUAUGGAGCCAAGGCGAAGACGGCCUCUGGAUUGAAGACGGCGAGAUUGUAGACCAGAACAAGCCCGGCGACAUCUGGGCCAUUGCACUGAGCGCAGACGGUCAGUAUCUGGCGAGCAGCAGCAUCAAUGGCAAGAUCAACGUGUGGAGUCUGGACAAGGCAAAAGACUUCCCACGGAUACGCGAGUACGAGACGAAAGGCAGCUUUGGGCUCUGCGUCAGCCUGAGCGACAAUGGAAGCUUCACUGCUUCAGGGCACGAGAAUGGAAGCAUAUACGUCUUCAGCAACGACACUGGGCGUCUCGUACACUCUCUCGCUGGUCUUGUGCAUCCCGUUCGUAGCGUGGCCUUUUCGCCGGCGUCGAAGCUGCUCGCUGCUGGAGGCGACGCAAGAGUCAUUGCGCUGUACGAUGUCACAUCUGGCGAGCAGGUUGCCAACUUCACAGGGCACGGUGGAUGGGUUUUGACCUUAGACUGGAGCAGCACGGGCGAGUACUUACUCUCAGGGUCUCACGACUCAAAGGCCAAAGUGUGGCGUAUCGAGACACGGACCUGCGUCGCUACACAUUCGCAUGGCGACAAGCCACUGUGGACCGCGAAGUGGCUGCCCAAGGCACCAACGAAGAGCGAGAUGUUUGCGCUGGGUGGUGGGAAUAACUCUAUCAGCUUCUACAGGGAGGCUGCUGGUUGAGGAGAGAACGCAUUGUGGCAAGCUACACGACCGGUAAUAGGCUGUCUCUGCAGCCCGUUCUAUACCCUUGGCUUUGAGAAAGGCGGGUGUUGGGAAUAGCGCUGUGGGCAUCCACUGCCAUCACCAGAGUCAUCUAAAGGCUGAUUUAUCUGGUGUCGAAUCGAAGAAACACAUCAGCAAGAAAACAAUACAUCAAAUAAUUAAAGAAUUCUUCGAUCUUCGC